GCAGCGCAGCAGCGGGCAAGCCACCAGCCCUGAAACCCAGAAAUAAAGGCGAACUUAGCUUACAUGCGUAACAUUUAUUUACUGUGCUCAACGGGAGUUCGCAACAUACCUUUCCGGGAAUUUAGUUGAUAGGACCGGAACGUCUGUGGACUAUAUUUUUGACGCCUGGAAACUCUAUAGGAAAGAAAACAACAACAGUGGAAAAAAGACGGGGGUUACACACAACAGUGACAAUAAAACAACACUCCCCGACAAGUGGUCCGCCUGGUGCCGAGGGUGAAGUCCGAGCUGGAAAACCGGAACUAUUGGUAACUUCAUAUUACAUUAUUGACGUGAAAGCUCUUGUUUCCCAGGUGUUGUUUUUUGUGAACUUUAAACUCAGGAAACAAUGAAGACAUAGCGAGCAAGAACUCAUCAAGUGUCCUCGGAGCUGCUAGCCAUCCCGCUAGCGUUAGCUGGGCGAAUGCGAGGUAAAGCUAACGCCCGCUAGUGCAGCCAAGUAAGCUAAGUUAGCUUGUCGGCUAACGCUAGCUGGUUAGCUAAACGCGUUUUUGAGAAACUUUUGGUGUUGUUUCCCCAGAGCCCAAACACUGAAGGAGUAUUGUAAGAACAGAGGGGAAGGGCAGGUUCCCUUCUGGACUUUUUCCCCUCUACACAAUUGCCUAUUAUGAUUGCUGCGGAGGUCAGCAGUGAGGAUACGGGCACGGUCACCACAGGGACAGGGGUGGCAGGCGGAGGAGGCCCGGAGACGGCCCCUUUCCCCUACUAUCCCAAGCCGAGCAGAGUGCGAGUGACUGAUUUGGGACAAGGACCAGCACCAGCCUUCAGACAAAAUUCAAACACAUCUCCGGACUCACUUCCCGACAUGAGUAUUAUAUAUCCCAUGUCUGGCGGGGAUAUGACCGGAUCAGUGCUGUCCGCUACAGGGAGUGGCGUAGCAGGAGGUGGACACUCAGUUUUUCAAGGAACAACCUCAGGGACCGUGAGCAGCGUUUGCAGCUCUCCCACUUCGGAUGGUCCAGUAAGUCGGAUUUCACCCACAUCAACAGGCCCGGAUGGACCCACUGUCUUCCCCCCACUGCCUCCACCUCCUCCUCCCCCUCCAGGCUGUGGGGGGCUCGGCGGCACUGUGGAUGAAAGCGACAUGCAAGAUGGAGCGGAAUACGAAGAAGAAGAGGUGGUGUUCCCCCUCUCUGCACCUCCCACGAACCAGUGGUACCAUGGCAAGCUAGAUCGAACCAUUGCUGAGGAGCGGCUCCGCCAGGCCCGGACCCCUGGCAGCUACCUCAUCAGGGAGAGCGACCGCCGGCCCGGUUCCUUCGUCCUGUCUUUCCUCAGUAUGACCAACGUGGUCAACCAUUUCAGGAUAAUCGCCAUGUGUGGGGACUAUUACAUUGGGGGACGACGGUUUUCUUCUCUAUCAGACCUGAUUGGUUACUACAGCUACGUGUCAUGUCUGCUAAAAGGAGAGAAACUGCUAUCACCAGUUGCACCCCCAGAGCCUGUAGAGGACAGGAGGAGAGUCAGGGCCAUACUUCCUUACACCAAAGUGCCAGAUACUGAUGAGAUCAGCUUUCUUAAAGGGGACAUGUUUAUUGUUCACAAUGAACUGGAUGAUGGCUGGAUGUGGGUGACUAAUGUUCGCACAGAGGAGCAGGGCCUCAUUGUGGAGGAUCUGGUGGAGGAGGUGGGGCGGGAGGAGGAUCCACAUGAGGGAAAAGUCUGGUAUCACGGAAAGAUCACCAAACAAGAGGCCUACAACCUGCUGAUGACGGUCGGCCAGGUGUGCAGUUUUCUAGUGCGACCAUCAGACAACACACCUGGGGACUACUCCCUCUUUUUUCGUACCAAUGAAAAUAUCCAAAGGUUUAAGAUCUCCCCAACCCCCAACAAUCAGUACAUGAUGGGAGGGAGGUACUACAACAGUGUUGAUGACAUUAUCGACCAUUACAAGAAAGAACAGAUCGUCGAGGGCUACAACCUGAAAGAACCAGUUUCAGUGCAGCAUCAGGAACAAGUUCUUACUGAUACAGUAGAUGGGAGAGAAAUUUAUAACACUAUCAGACGGAAAACGAAAGACGCUUUCUACAAAAACAUUGUAAAGAAAGGCUACCUCAUGUUCAAUAAAGCUUUAGGCAAAGGCAAACGUUGGAAGAACCUUUAUUUCAUCCUCGAGGGAAACGAUGCCCAGCUCAUCUACUUUGAAAGCGAGAAGAGAGCCACCAAACCCAAAGGGCUGAUCGACCUAAGUGUGUGCUCUGUGUAUGGUGUGCAUGACAGUCUGUUUGGCAGGCCAAACUGUUUCCAGAUUGUUGUCCAGCACUUUAGUGAGGAACAGUACAUAUUCUACUUUGCGGGGGAGUCUCCAGAGCAGGCACAGGAUUGGAUGAAAUGCCUUCAAACCUUCUGCAGUAACUUAAGGAAAACCACUCAGCCAACCUCCAACAAGAGGCUCAGACAGGUGAGCAGCCUCGUGCUGUAUGUGGAGGAGGCCCACAAGCUGCCAGUGAAGUACUUCACCAAUCCUUACUGUAACAUCUAUCUGAACAGCGUCCAGGUGGCUAAGACGCACCCAAGGGAGGGGCAGAAUCCUGUUUUCACUGAGGAGUUUAUCUUUGAUGACUUGUCGAGUGAAAUCAACAGAUUUGAAAUCAGCCUAAGCAACAAAACAAAAAAGAGCAAAGAAAGUGACAUAUUGUUCAUGCGGUGCCAGCUGAAUCGUCUGCAGAAGGGCCAGAUGAUAGACGAGUGGUUCCCGCUCAGCUCACACGUGCCUCUGAAGGGCAUCGAGCCGGGCUCUUUACGGGUACGAGCCCGGUACUCCAUGGAGAAGAUCAUGCCUGAAGAGGAGUACAGCGAGUUUAAAGAGAUGAUUCUGCAGAGAGAGUUUCAUGUCAUCUAUGCUCUGGCCAACGUUUGUGGUCAGGACCGCACCUUACUGGCAAGCCUCCUCCUGCGAAUCUUCAGACACGAGAAGGCUGAAGCCCCUCUACUCAGGACACUCAACGACAGAGAGAUCAACAUGGAGGAUGAGGCCACAACAUUGUUCAGAGCGACCACGCUGGCCAGCACGCUGAUGGAGCAGUACAUGAAGGCCACAGCGACACCCUUUGUUCAUCACGCUCUCAAAGACACCAUCCUCAAGAUCAUGGAGAGCAAACAGUCCUGUGAGUUGAACCCUUCCAAACUGGAAAAGAAUGAGGAUGUAAAUCUGAACCUGGCUCAUCUCCUCAACAUCCUGUCUGAGCUAGUAGAGAAGAUCUUCAUGGCUGCUGAGAUCUUACCACCGACAUUGAGGUUCAUCUACGGCUGUCUGCAAAAGUCUGUGCAGCAGAAAUGGCCCAACACCACCAUGAGGACGAGAGUUGUCAGUGGCUUUGUCUUUCUGAGAUUGAUCUGUCCUGCCAUUCUCAACCCAAGAAUGUUUAACAUCAUAGCUGACCCUCCAUCCUCAGCAGCAGGCAGGACCCUCACACUAGUGGCUAAGUCUGUUCAGAACCUGGCCAACCUGGUGGAAUUUGGUGCUAAGGAACCCUACAUGGAGGGUGUGAACCCUUUUAUCAAAAACAACAAACACAGGAUGAUCAUGUUUCUGGAUGAGUUAGGGAAUGUCCCUGACCUCCCUGAAGCCACAGAGCACUUUAGGACGGAUCUGUCCCGGGACCUGGCUGCACUGCACGAGCUCUGCGCCACACACUCAGACGAGCUCCGGACGCUGAGCAACGAGAGGGGAGCACAGCAGCAUGUGUUGAAAAAGCUGCUGGCCAUCACAGAGCUCCUCCAGCAGAAGCAGGCACAGUACGCCAUGUCCAACAGCAACAGGUAGUACUGCACUCCUCUUCCUCCUCCUCUCAUCAUCACAUCAUCCGUCAAGUCUCCUCCACCAGAGUGCAGCACAGGGGAGACCUAGCAUGCUCUACCAUCAUCAUCAUGGCAACCCCUCCACUGCCACCACCCUUUAUUAUGUCCUCCUCCAAUAGCCCCGCCCAUCCCCACCCUCCUACCAUCCUGUCCCGUUCACCACAAGCGAGCUAUGCAACAACAGCAGCUGAGUGAAGCAGCCGACGCAGUACUUAUAAACAAAGACAAAAAAACUUGCACCAAUGACUGACAGCUGUAUGCACAGAAAGCGAUUCUUUCCCUCAGAAACUGUUUUCAGACUUUGGGUACAUUUCAUUCCCUUCAUCACAAGGGCCAAAUAUAAAGAUUUUAAAAUGCUUCUUUGUACCCGAGAUGUGUUUUGACAGCACAGGUUGCCAAAGUGUAUUCCCCAUUUCCUGCUCGAUAUGAGGAAACUGACAUGAAGAAGCUAGUUCUCAGUCCCCCCCUUUUCUUGUAACUGGAUUAUGAGCGGUUAUGCUUUUAUACUGUAAUUGACUGAUUUAUUUUAAGGUUGUGAAAAUAUCCGCAAAUAGCUGAAACGAACAUUUCUGUCUAUUUUGUUCUUUUUUUUCUUUCUUUGUUUUCUAGAUUGGAACAAAUUCUUUCAUAAAAGUAUGGUUAUUUUAUAUUAAGAAUAAAUUCUCUUGCUGGAAUCAUGAGUAUAUAAGUGAGACGAGCUGAAUUUUUUUUCUCAGACUGUAUCAGCUAUUUUGAUUAUUUGGUAAGUCUUUUUUAACUUCUCAAUGCCAGGCAAGACACAUAAUCAGAGAAACCAAGUAAAAACAAAGUGUUUACAGCAGUAAUUUUUUGAAUAGUACAGACUGUAUCAGACAUGCAUGCACUUAUUAAACAGUUUUUUUAAAGUA